AUGCUUUCCAAUGGGGUCAAACCAUAUAAGGAUAUACCAGGCCCGCGAGGUAUGCCCAUAUUAGGAUCUUUAAUAAGCGCACUCCGUACCGGUCUACUUCAACAGCAACAGCUUCAUAAAUAUUUCCAGAGGCAAGCUGAGAUUUACGGGCCUAUAUAUAAAGAAAAACUGGGCUCUUAUGAACAUGUGAAUAUAUUCGACCCCGAUGAUGCAGAGUACUUGUUGAGGCGAGAUGGACAUCAUGCAGAAGAGUGGCAUAAGAACCGUAUACCAUUCAACAGAUUUCUAAUGCGCCCAAAGCCUGUCGCUGGCUACACUGGGAUCAUGGACGAGGUGGCUACGGAUAUGGUAGAAAGACUUGAUAGGAUACGCAAGCACACUGGUCUAGUGGAGGAACUUUAUGACGAGCUAUAUAACUGGUCCAUCGAAUCUGGAGGCACGAUGUUCUUUGAAAGAAGACUCGGAUGUUUAAAUGACAACAGAAACCCAGAAAUAACAGAAUUCAUCAAAAGUAUUCGUAAUAUCUUAACGGGUAGCGACGUGUUUUUCUUCCUUUCUCCUCGACUUGCGAAAACUCUGAGACUACCUGCAUGGAAACAAUUGGAGCAAACCUUGGACACCAUGUUCCGUAUUU